AAGGCUACUAUCCAAGGACACUGGCUUACAAUUCCAGGUCAGCAUGAAGUAUUUAAAUAAAACAAAUAUGCCUGUACAACAGUGAUGCAUUUCAAAGCUAUAUUAAAAAAAUACAAUUUUCUCAAGCGAUCGUGUUAUCCUAAUUUAGUCUUAUACAAAGUAAUAAACACUGUGAUAGCCACAGUAAAGAAAACUCAUUGCUCAUUGUUUAGCCAACUUCAGAUUCAAAUGCAGUGCAGACUGAAGGAGUUCUGUACUAUCCAGCAGAGUUGCAAAAGCAAUAAACAGAUGCUCAGUUGAUUGCUAUGAAAAAAAAUUGUUGUAUUUUUUGCAAUCAAAUGUAACCUAUUAAAAAUGUAAAAUUAUCAAAUCUAAAUAUAUUGAAAGAGCAGGCUAAUUCAGGAUUAUAUGCCAUGAAGUUUACGUUGCCGCUGAUUAUGAUGCAUUGAUGACAGCAUUGUUUUAGAAGAAAAAUCACUGUUUGUACUAUUAAACCAUGAGUAUGUAAUUCUACUGAAACUCAAAGCAGAUCAUACUAGUGAAUAAGUAUUGAAAACAAUGAAAAGAUAAAAAACUUUAAACUAGCCUCAAUAUCACAUUUAAAAAUAUUGUCAAUAGCAAUGCCAAAAUUUUAAGGUGGGUCAGAGACAAUUUUGAGAUCUAUAUUCUUGUUGGUAUUAAUGAAUUUCCAUGCAUUUAGUGAGGAUAGUUUAUGAAGGCACAAAGAGAAGGCCUGGUUUCAUUUAUUUGUAAUUUCAGACCAAGUUUAGAUCAGUAACUUCCAUUGAGUCACUUGGCAUUACUCUGUCUGUAUAAUUAUUUUUAGAUAUUGUUUUGUGAAACUAUAUAUGGAUAAAACAUACCUCAAUCUGAUUUUUCAACAGAGACUAGACCGCCUACCUCUUAGGUUGCUGCAUUCAUUGAAAUUAAUUGACUUAAUCAUGUGAAUUGUUUGCCUAGAUUUCCACCUCACACUUAAAUGCAAGAAGUCAGAGUAUUUCUCAUCCCAUCAUUAAAACUCGUGAAAAUAGUGCUGUGUAUACAUGCCAUAUGAUAUAUACAAGCAGUACGCAAUUUUUUUUUGUAAGUCAAAGCUACAUUAUUAAAUAAUGAGUAUACUGAUUUAUGCUCAGGAUUUAAUGACAACAGCUUCAGAAUUUAUCAGAUUACGGCUUAUCAAAGCACUUUUCAGAUCCCUAUUUUGGAUAUCAUCAUUUUGUACUGUGUCAUAUGACGUAGGAAAUCAUGGUCUAAUCAUGACCAUGAUUACCCUGACAGACUGUUCUACAGAAGCAGUUUGCCAUUGCCAUCUUCUGAUAUUUUUGGAUAUAACAAAACAUUAAAACUUUUUACUGACUUCUACAUUCACAUCCAUAUUUAGUUCCAUUCAUGUGCAAGAGAACUACAUGAUGCACAUGACAAUUAGAUUCAUUUUAAGGAUGCAAAGCCAGUAUAGUUAAAGGAAAUGAUCAAGUUACUAAAUGUGCUGCCUGUCAGAUGUGGGACACAAAAUAAUUUUGACCGACAAUUCAUAGAAUGAAAGAUUUAUUUUGUAAAAGCAAGCUUUGAAUUUUCCAUGGAAUGAAACCACAGCACUUGCACAGAACCAAGAGCAAAUUUAAUGAGUGGACUCCCAAAGUUCAUUGGACAUGAAGUGUCAUUUUCAUUAGCCAAAAGUGCAAAACAAAUCUCUCAAACAACUUUUAAACUUGUCUCUACUAUUAAGUAUUCAUCUGAUUUAUUAAUCAAAUGUUUACUUUAUUCCCACAAGUUUACAUGCAAAUAACACUGGUCUGAAUGCUGAAGCAAAUUGUGCCUUCAUAAUAGAACAGGUAUGCAUCAGCUAGGACACACGCAUUGGUAAGUACUUUUACAGCUCAUUUCCAUACAGUUUACCACAGGAGUUCCGAGACUUGAUCUGAUUUUUUGUCACCAGUUCUAUUUUAUUGUUCAAUUUCAUUAAUUACUCAUUUCCCAUUUAGCCUCUAAACACUUUCUUGUAUACCAUUACUGUCUGACACACUAUAAUUGAUUGCUUAUUUAGAAUUUUCCCCACUUUCGAAUUUAUUUCCCACAUUUCAAUUUUAAACAGUAUUAAGUAUACAUUUUUAUUAAGACUAUCCCCGACUACAGGCUUUAGAUAUCAAUUAUUAUUGCUCCUAGAUACAAAUAUCAAACUCAAUAGACUGCAAAUCCAAUUCUGUUUUCACUGUCCCACUGGACAGUAACACAGAGACGAAACUGAUGGCUGCAUCGUUUCUUGGUUGUCAAGCCGUAGGAAUUUAUUGAUUAUAAUUCAACCUUAGUUUUCAAUUACCUAAGAACGCAUGAAAUGGAUCAAACCUCCUGAAAAAGGCACAUUGCCUUAGGAAACAAACACGCCGAGUUUUGCUGGUGUGUGAUCUCUCGCCGCCUAUUUCACAGCCUAUUUUGUGUCAUUCGCCAACCCCACCACCGAAGCCGCCGCGACCGAAGUUAAAUUUUAACAUACGCAGAAUCUAGCAGUUGCUACAUUCAAUGUUUCUUGCAGAUCCAAAGUUCCCGGACUUGCGCUACUUCUCGACACCUGAAGUGCCUAGGCGUCAUGUAAAUGGAAAGGAUCAGCGGUCCAGUCUUCAGCGCACAGAACGUAUAAACCAGGAAUGAAUACACACCUAAAUAUACCACCUUGUACGAUUUAUCCUCCAAAAACGUGAAACUCAGCCAUUAUAAAUAUCCAUUCAAGGACCAUUUCUCAAGUUUGAUAAAAUGGCACAACAGGAAGUUCCGACUGAAGCACAAAAUUCUCAAAGUGACAGUGAUGAAUUGUGGGAUGAGAAUGCACAAGAAGAACACAUAAGGCGACGAAUUUCAAUUAGAAGAGAAAACAUAAGAAAAAGGCUUGCAGAAGGAUCUGAACAUUCAUUGUUACUUGACCAAAUUGGGGAUGACAGCAGUUCCAAGAUAGAGAAACGUGAAAGACAACUGGCUGAUAAGAUACGAAGCAGAAUUAAGAAUAAACUGAAAACUCUAAAGCAUCUGCAGCAGAUAAAAGAUGAUGAACUAAUCACGAAGUUUGAUAAGGCAAUAACUAUACAGAGGGAUGAAGGAAAUCAGUUUUUCACUUCUGCUUUGGAUGAGUCACCUGAUUCACUGAUGCAAGAACAUAAAAAUACACCACUGCAAGAUUUACCCCUUGAAUUUUAUCUCACUGGAUUGGAGAAAGAAUCAGAGAAUGAAAAUGACAUUAGCAGCACUAUAUUAGAAGAAAAGGCCAAAUUUGACUUUUGCACAAGUGAACAGAUAAUUGAAAGGUUUCCCGCUGAAUAUGAGAGUGAAAAAUUAUGGAAGGAAAAGAAUAAAAGUAUUUUCAUCCCUAGCACGUCACAAGUUGCUUUAAGUAGUAAGCUUUCAAGAAACCUUGCACCUCGCAUCUUGAAGGAUGAAGGCUUUUACGUCAGUCGGAAACCAAAAGUUUUGAAAAAAAAUAUUAACAGAAUGGAGAAUCGCUUUGUUGUGCAAAAAGAGAAUAGAUCCUGGUUUGGAGAAGAUGGAAAUAUAAUCGCAUUACCAGAUCCAAUUAAGUUUCCCUGGAAUUGUCGACUGCCAUCAUCAAAUUGUAUUGUAGACGAAUCUGAACCAGGUCUGGAGACAGUAUACAGGAAGGCAAUAGUAAAUGAGUUUGUGACUGAUAUAGCUGACAAUUUUAAGGAGAUUUCUCAAAUUUAUCGGCUGGACAUUAACAUUGCAAAUUUGCGGUUUGUUCACCAUCCACUAUUCAGCAGAGAACAUGUCUUGGCUGCAAAGCUAAUACAGCUUCAUGACAAUUACCAAGAGAGACAAAGAAAAAAUAUUAGCCAACUCUUGUUUGAAAAACUUCAAACAUUUCAUAAUGUAUUAAUAAACUUGGAAGAAAGUUCUAUAAAUCUCAGUAGAAUUGAAAAUAUAAAGAAAGAAAUAAGAUUGGAAGUGAAUCAUAAAGUAUUUGGAAAGCAAUGUGAAGUGGAGUACUUUGCAGAAGUUAUUGAACUAGAACAAAAAUUUGAAGAAGAUUUCCAGAAAGAAUUGGAAAUGUACAAUGAAAAAUUGGAAAUUUGGAAAAGAAAACAGAUUAAUAUUUAUUUCCAGCUAUUAAAAAGAUUCAACCUCUUGCAGUAUGAGAUACCCAACUACUUCAAGCAGGCUUCAAUCAUACCAAUAUCCAAGAAGAAUAUGGCAACUUACCUCAACCAUCCAGUAGCACUUAUAUCCUCUGUGACGAAGUGUUUUGUGAGGUUGGUCAUGAAGCAUAUCAACUGUUGCCUGAGGAAUUACCUUGAUCUGUUCCAAUUUGCUGACCAUCAAAACGGGUCAACAGUAGAUGGAAGCAUUUCAUUAGUUCUUCACUCAGCUCUGGAAUACCUGGACCAUGAAGAUACACACAUCAGGAUACUCUUCAUUGAAUACCGCUCAGUAUUCAUCCCAUCAAAGCUCAUCACAAAGUACCAAGGUCUGGGUCCUCACUUUCCUCACUGGCAAACCCUGGUUAGUAUGGUUGGCAAUAUCUCCUCCACACUCACCCUCAACUUCGUAGCUGUGUGCUUAGUCCCCUGCUUUACUCAUUUUAUGCCCAUGGUUGUGCGGCUAAGUACAGAUCUUUCUCAGUGUCAGCAGAACCAAAGAGCUGAUUAUCGACUGCAGGAGGAAGAAGUCAGAGGACCAUCAACCAUAGUCUUUGUUAGGGGAUUGGUGACUGGAGAUGGAAAAGCCAAGGAAAGUAAAGCUACAGAAGAACAAGAAUCAUUCAAUGAAUAUACUGAUGAUGAUGUAGAAGAGCCUCCAAAACUUCCUGUGCCACCUGAUAGGGCAAUAAUAGAAGACAUAGCAAAAAAAAGAAUUGCAUUAACUUGCAGUCAACAAAAGAAGCCUAUUGUGAUUCCUAAACUGUCACCAAAUAUGCUGAUAACAGCAGACUCAAAUUGCUCUGAGGGUGAACUACAUAGAAGAAUGGAAAUACAAAACCAUAAAUUCUUCAUUAGUAUUUUGUAUAAUGACAAAUUUGUUUCACACACUGUUACUUCACAACUACAAUCAGAUUUUACUGUACAAUUUGGACAAAUAUUCAGCAUUCAGAUUAUUCACAAGCCUGAAAACAUUAGAUUGGAGAUUUAUGAAUUAGUAAACACAAAGGUGAACAUGUUGGCAAAACUAUACAUACCUAUUCCUGAAGUAACCAUGACUACCAAUACAGCUGUUUUGGAAGAGAUAGAAUUCAGUAGUGAUGAAAUAGUUCUAACUCACCAUGAAGGAGUUGGAAGCAAUACUCCAUUUGUUUUAGAUGAAAGGAGACCUGAAAAAUGUUUGUUACUGACAUCUGGAAAAUUACUGUAUGCGAUAUCAUGGGGAGUAGAUAAGAAUGGCACUGCCCUUGCACCCCCUGCCCCAAAGCCAAAAAUUUAUAAAGAAAGCAUGGAUGCCAUUACUUCAAUAGGGAUGUCUCGGAUAAAUGAUCUGCAGAAACUUGCCAAAUGGGCAAAAGAAGCUAGAAUUGAUCCUAAUGAUCCCCAGAAUUUAGAGUUGAUGCAUGUAAUUAAGUAUGCGACUAAGGAAGGUGAAAGGUUCCCCAAGUAUUUUAGAUUGCACCAAAUGGAAGAUGAUUUUAACUUUAUAACAGAUGAAAAACUGGAGAUGUCUAAACGUUUUCGUUUGCUGGUGCAUAGAAAUUCUGGAGUUCCUCAAUAUUGUUGCUAUAAGCAAGUGCCACCAUAUGAAAGAGAAGUACCAGAACAUAUUUUUGAGGAAUUUGAAAUUCAAAAGGAUGAUGUUUUUAUAAUUAUGGGCGAAGAUUCACUAACAGAACAGAGAAUGAUGGCACUUAAGUAUCUUGAGAAGGUGAAAACUUCUGUGCUGAAAAGACUAUUGAAGGUCAAGCAUCAGUUUACACUGCCAGAUGUUGUUGUUGAAUGUGAAGAUAUCACUACCAUAAGCCAAAUAAGCAUUGCCUUGUUUGAAUUGAUUUCACCUCGAAAAACACUGAGGCCUCAGCGUAAGGAGAGAAAGAAAAUACCUGCCCAGACUUUGUCUGAUGGAGAUAUUAAACUGUUUAUGAAUGUAAUUGGAGCAUACAACAUACCAAUGAGAAAAUGUAUUGCCAGAUCGCCCAAUGGAGCUUAUAGCAGUGAAGCAUUAUGCAAAAUGGAGGACAAAAUAUUAAUUAAUGUAUUUGAUAACUUAAUUGUUGCAACUCCAGAGAUCAGUGGAACUUUCAGACUAGACACCCCAGCAAUGUUACUAGGAUACACAUGGAAGAAAAUAGAGACAGGCUCUUGUGAGCAAUUUUAUGAAUUCGGACUUGCAGAAAGUUCCCUCCUAACAAUUUUUAUCACUCUGGACCCUCAGGUUUCAUGUUCAGACAAUGAAGAUAAACAACCCCCUCUAUGGCAGUUAGAUACAAUGGAAGAUGAGGAGAUUUUGUACAUGGCAUACACCUUUCAAAAGGAAAUUUAUAAUUACUUCCCAAAGAGAAGAGUUGUUGUCAAUGUUAUUGACAGUGAAUGCAGAGUCGGCAUUGCUACAAGAUAUAUCAAGCCACUUUGUCCACCCCGAGAACUGCUUGAUGUAUUUCCAGAAAAUCCAGAGGCAACCUUUAAUCUUAUAGCUAGAUUUGUGUCCUUGAUUCCGUACUUUACAGAUAAUCUAGAAUUUUCAGAUGGAUGCAAUAUUUGGUUGACAUCACAGCAAUUUCUUAAUCUGGUACUUGGAAGUAAAGAGGAUCAUGCUGUCCUUCUUUGUAACUAUUUCUUGUACAUGAAGAUGAAUGCUUUUGUACUUUUAGGAACCUCAAUUCUUGAAGGAGCGACUGUUUGUGUGCUUACUCAAGAUAAAGUGAACACCAUGAUUUGGAAUCCAGAAACUGGGGAGUGUUAUGAACAAUUUAAUGCCUUUUGUCCAUUGCAAAGUGCUGAUUGUUUGAUCAAUAAUGAAAAUAUCUGGUUUAAUAUUCAAAAGAAUAGUAGCCCUAUGAGUACACGGUUUGACUUCACAAAUGAACAGAAUUGGAAGCCAUUCUUCAGAGGUUCCCAGAAUCAUGCAUUGUCUUCUGUGCAGCCACAAGAAUUAAUCUACUCUCCCACUGAAAGAAGCCUGGUGAAUAAAUUACAGAAGAGAAUUGAAUGGGCACUGAAGAAUAAAUUUAUGGAAUGGAGAGCACAGCGUCCCACUCGAUGGAAUCGUUACUGUACCGGAGUGUUUCAAAAUUUUCUUCCUCUGCUGGAACGAAACCUUGGUCGCUCAGUAAGUGAAGAGCAGAGUGCAGGUUUAGAGAAUCUUUUAAAGGAAUACAAGGUUUCAGGAUUUCCUAUUCAAAUGUGCUAUUCAAAGUUGGAGACAAUAUUUGAUAAAGUCUACAGUACUGGUAUUCAUAAAAUUGACAUCCCCAAUGUGGAGUUUGCUGUUGCAGUAUAUAUUUAUCCAUACCCUGGCAAUGUAUUAUCAGUGUGGAUCUUUAUAGCAUCUCUGGUUCGCAAUGCAUAA